AUCAGCUGAUCUGUGUAGACAGAAAUGAUAAAACUCAUCUUGUGAAUGAAAAGUUAAAAUUUUAUCACAUCGAUUUUAUUUCAUAUCAUUCGAUCUCAGUAUUUAUUUAAUAUUUAUUGAAUUUAUUGUGUUGUUAUCUUCAAUUUUUUUUAUAAUUUUUCACCAAAAAUGAGUUUUAAUAAGCGAAAAAAUGAAGAUCAAGAAGAAUCUAAUAAAAGGAUUUGCCAAGUCUUAGAUACCAAGCUCGUUGAUGUUAAAAGUGCUCUGGACCAUGUUAAGGAUUUGUUUUCCAAUAAACUAUUUGGGGAAAAAUUUCCAGCUGUUAUAUGGAAACAUCAAUGUUAUCCUUUAAUUAAAAACAGAACCAAAGUUGACAUCGAAUUAAACAAAUUUUGUGAUCAAGGAUUACUACUUUCGCUUAAAUUAGGAACCACAAUCAACAAUACAGAUACUGCCUUGAUUUAUACUGAGGACUAUAUCAACUAUCUGAAAAGUAUUUACGUAGGAAAUGUUCUCGAUAAAUUCAUUGACAAAGUAGUGAAGAGUAACCCGUCAUCGACAUGUACAUCCGCACAGCUUCGAGAAGAGUAUCAAUUUUCGGAUGACCAGAUAAAGGAGUUGGUGCAUAAUGGAGUUUUAGCUGUCCAUCGAACUGUCGGCUCUUGGCUUCUCUCCCUUCCAAACUGUGGACAUUUUUAUAAGAUAUUUACGGCUGGCCGAAAUGCUCUACUAUCAAUGAUUAAAAGGACCAAAUAUCAUGAGAUAAAUCGAACUGAAUUGUUUAACCGUAAGAUGCCUAAAGAUGUACAGCUUGGAAUCGCUUAUCAUGUUCUUGAUUUGAUUGGUGGUGAUUUUGUUCAAUGUGCUGAUUUUCCUAAUGGGACUAUGUUACGUGUAUUAUAAUCCAUUGGUUGGGCACCUUGUUUCAAAUCUAAAUCAAUCUUGUAUCGCAACCAAACCUGAUCUUAAGAGAUUCCAGUUCAAAUUUUAUCAUGUUCAUGUUACACAAAAAUAAGGAUAUCAAAGUCGUCUUUCAACUAAGCCAAGAUGAACCUUAAUCUGGAUUCAUCAAAAUAUUAAUUUAUUUAUUUUUAAUUUAUUGUGAAUUUGCAUCAAAAUAAAAGUAUGCAUAAAUUGUCCAUAAACUUGUGUUAGAUACUACACAUUGUAUGGUUUGUGUAACGAUUCAAGGUGUAAAUUUUAUCAAUAAUAAGUCGAUGAUCGAUAUUUUUGGAUAGUAC